GCGGCCGAGGGUGGGGCGGGCGGCGACCGCGGCAGCCCGAGGUCUGGCUGCGCGCAGUCUAUGACAGUACGUCAGCAGCGGGAUGGCCGUAGCUGCGGCGGCGGCUGCAGAAGCCCGAGCAGCCGCGGCCGCAGUGGAGGCUAGAGCCCGAGCGGCGUCGGCGGUUGCACCCCGGGGAGUUUAAGAUGGCGGCGGGGGGGGCGGCGGGCCUGCGGGAGGAGCAGCGCUACGGACUGUCGUGCGGGCGGCUGGGGCAGGACCGCAUCACCGUGCUGCAUGUGAAGCUCACCGAGACGGCGAUCCGGGCGCUCGAGACUUACCAGAGCCACAAGAAUUUAAUUCCUUUCCGACCUUCCAUUCAGUUCCAAGGGCUCCAGGGGCUUGUCAAAAUUCCCAAAAAUGAUCCCCUCAACGAAGUACAUAACUUUAACUUCUAUUUGUCAAAUGUGGGCAAAGACAACCCUCAGGGCAGCUUUGACUGCAUCCAGCAAACAUUCUCCAGCUCUGGAGCCUCACAGCUCAAUUGCCUGGGAUUUAUACAAGAUAAAAUUACAGUGUGUGCAACAAAUGACUCGUAUCAGAUGACACGAGAAAGAAUGACCCAGGCAGAGGAGGAAUCCCGCAACCGAAGCACAAAAGUUAUCAAACCCGGUGGACCAUAUGUAGGGAAGAGAGUGCAGAUUCGGAAAGCACCUCAAGCUGUCUCAGAUGCAGUGCCUGAGAGGAAAAGGUCCACUCCCAUGAACCCUGCAAAUACAAUUCGAAAGACACAUGGAGGCAGCAGUGUUUCCCAGCGGCCUUAUAGGGACAGAGUGAUUCACUUACUGGCUCUCAAGGCCUACAAGAAACCCGAGCUGCUGGCCCGACUGCAGAAAGACGGUGUCAAUCAGAAAGACAAGAACUCCCUGGGAGCAAUCCUGCAACAGGUAGCCAAUCUGAAUCCUAAGGACCUGUCCUAUACUUUGAAGGAUUAUGUGUUCAAGGAGCUUCAGCGAGACUGGCCAGGAUACAGUGAAACAGAUAGGCGGUCAUUGGAGUCGGUGCUCGCUAGAAAACUAAAUCCAGCUCAGAAUUCUACUGGCACCAGCCGUUCAGAAUCUCCCGUGUGUUCUGGUAGAGAUGCUGCCUCCUCUCCUCAGAAACGGCCUUUGGAUUCAGAUUUUAUUGAUCCUUUAAUGAAUAAAAAAGCUCGAAUAUCUCACCUGACAAGUAGAGUACCACCAACAUUAAACGGUCAUGUGAAUCCCACCAGUGAAAAGUCCACCGCCGGCCUCCCCCCACUCCCCGCGGCCGCCGCCAUCCCCAGCCCUCCGCCACCGCUGCCUUCCACCCACCUGCCCAUCUCAAACCCGCCACAGACUGUGCACUCUAACUCCAACUCCCCUAGCACUCCAGAAGGCCGGGGGACUCAAGACCUGCCUGUUGACAGUUUUAGUCAAAACGGUAGCAUCUAUGAGGACCAGCAAGACAAAUAUACCUCUAGGACUUCUCUGGAAACCUUAUCCCCUGGUUCAGUUCUACUCAAGUGUCCAAAGCCUACGGAAGAAAACCAUUCAAUGUCUCACAAAAAGUCCAAAAAGAAGUCUAAAAAACACAAGGAAAAGGACCAAAUAAAAAAGCAUGACAUUGAGGCCACUGAGGAAAAGGAAGAAGACAUUCAAGGAGAAGAAGAAAUUGCCAAGCUGAAUAACUCCAGUCCAAAUUCCAAUGAAGGAGUUAAAGAGGGUUACACUGCCGCCAUGGAGCCUUCUUCAACAAUCGAACUCCCAGAUUAUUUGAUAAAAUAUAUCGCUAUUGUCUCCUAUGAGCAACGCCAGAAUUACAAGGAUGACUUCAAUGCCGAGUACGAUGAGUACAGGGCUUUGCAUGCCAGAAUGGAGACAGUAGCUCGGAGAUUUAUCAAACUGGAUGCGCAACGCAAACGCCUUUCUCCCGGCUCAAAAGAGUAUCAGAAUGUUCAUGAAGAAGUCUUACAAGAAUAUCAGAAGAUCAAGCAGUCGAGUCCCAAUUACCAUGAAGAAAAAUACAGAUGCGAGUAUCUUCAUAACAAGCUGGCUCACAUCAAAAGACUAAUAGGUGAAUUUGACCAACAGCAAGCAGAGUCGUGGCACUAAAGCUCUGCUUGGACCAGAAGAUGUGAAUAAACUUAAGCUUAUUUAUUUAAAAUUCCAAAUGAGUUGCUCUAGAUUCUAAAAAGAUGAAACUUUGCCUGUUGAAAGUUUCAGUAUUAGUAAACUUGAGUUACUUUUUUUUUUUUUUUUUUUUUUUUCCAUUUUACUUUGCUUCCCUGCAUUUUGAAGCUGCUUUUGCUGGUCCUUUAUUUUCUCUCGAGACUUGUGUUUGUUCAUAGAAAUAAUUUUUUUAGAUAUUGGGGAUCCAGUGUUUAUAUUCUUCAAAUCAUUUUUUUCCUUAAAAACUUGUGUUUGUCCUUAGAAAUGAUUUUUUAGAUAUUGGGGAUCCAAUGUCCACACUUAAAAGUUGUGUGUGUUAAAAAAAAAAAAAAACAGUAAUGUGUAAGGUGAAAUGCUUUUGGAUAAACAUAAGCCUAUUUUCUGACCUUUCUUAAUGCAAAACUCUUUGCCUUAAAUGGUAGACUAUUUAGAAAUUUGCACAAGAUACAAAAAAAAUUAAAACAUUGUUUUGGAGGGUUAAAAAUAGAAAGAGGGUUAAAUAUAGAAAGUUGUAGGACUGUGUGUAUGUGUAUAGGCUUUUAUACACAUAUGUAUAUACAGGCUGACUUGAUCUAGACUCUUAAAUCUACCCUGCAAGUUAACCCCCCAUUGCAAUGGUUGCCUUAAGGUGUUUGCUAGUCAUGUACAUAGUGUGGUUAAUCAUUAGCUACACUGCUUCCCAUGAUUAGAGCAACGGGAAGCACACUGUGGCCUACCAGCGUCUGGACGCGUGUGCUCGACCUGUGUGUGUGCAGAGGUGAAGUGGAUGUGAGUGUGAUGACGGGAAAAGCUGCUGCUCUCAGUAGGCCAAACGCUCAGGUUAAACAACUGAUGAGUGUUACUGUAGGGUUUUUUUUUUCCUGUCAAAUUGCUACUUCUCUGGAAGACAAAAGCAUUUCCAUUUCAACAGUUUGUCAGCUUUGUUAAUGUUGGACAAAAAUUGAUAUGUUAUAAAAAUGAAACAGAUCUAUAGUUUUGGGGCAAAAUUAUAAAAUUAAAUGUGUAGGUAACAUAUUUAUAUACUGCUAUAAAGUAUUUUUUGAAGAGAGAUAUGCAAAGAAGCUAUUACCUACAUGAGAUGUAUAUUUAAAGAUUUUUUUCAUCCUGGGUGCCAGGAAUAUUAAAAAGCGGAUAUAUUUAACCAUAACAUACUGUGAUUCAUCAAAUAGCACAAACUUUCAUUUCAUGGAGUUUAUCUGUUGACGCUGAUUUAAACUAUCACUUGUUUUAUCAUGUGGGAACAUAAGUUAUAUGGUCAAAACUACAGGAUUUUGAACUAAUGUUGAUUCAAGUUGUGUUGUCUUAUCGUAUUGUCUUUCAAAGUGCUGCCAGUUGAAAAGGGAAGCAUUAUGUUUACAAAUCUGUUUUGAAAUGUUUGCCAAAUUUUUGGUAGUAUCUUUAAUAAAGAUGUCUGUCUCCAGCAUCCAAGAAAAUAAACAAACAACUUUGUCGUGUAUCACUGUAAACUGGAAAAUAUUGAUAUCUAAGAAAUAUAAGAGAAUAUGUAGACAAAGUUUUCACUUGGGAGUUUUUUCUAAAACAGUGACUACAAAGAUAAGACAAUAUAUUCAAAGUAGUAUACAAGAGUAUACAGACUUUACAAAGACCCCUUUGCACUACAGUUCUAAAACAUGACUACAGAAGUUUGAUUUCUCUGUAACAUGGACAUCCUUGGGAAUUCUGUUUCUUUUAGCGUUGAGAUCCCUGGUGCUCUUCCUUUUACCUCGGAAUUGGUACAAUCAUUAUUAAAUAUUAAUUUAUUUCAAACUUUUAGUUGCAAAAAGAAAGAAAAGGAAGCUUAGUGGGGGAUAAAUUUGGUUCUCAUUUUAGGAUGGUAGAGUGUCCUGAGGGCUUUUUCUACAUGUAAUGACUUCAUUGGUGUCACUUCUCAGACAUCUUGGCCUUUUCACUAGAGAUUGUGUUCUGCUACAUGCUAUGAUCAAUGUUUUUCAAAAGCGAGGUUCUUGGACCACUUGCAUUACCCAAAGUAGAAUCUCUGGGUAGGUCCCAGGUACCUGCAUUUUCACAAAUUUUCCGUCAGUGACUUUUGUAAGCUGAAGUGUUAGAACCAUAUGCUUGGAUGUGGCUCUAAACUUGUAAGUCUCUGUUUACCUGGAAAUUUUGAACUACUGGCUUUUAUGUUUUUCUUAGCUCAUCUCUGUUAGCAGGUGCAAAUCACUUCUACCCUCCGCGUGCUCUGAAGCACCCCCUCAGUCGUUUCACUGCCAACUCUUAUUUCAGAACCUGUUUACAAACAGGCCUUCCAGUUGGUUAAUCGUUGUACCUUGGAGCUCCUAGCCACCUACAUCAGCACAUAUUCUGGUUUACAAAUUGGGUAACAAUGGACGCUGGAGAUGCUUUAUGGAAAUCCAGCAUUGCACACCCAUGGACUUGACUACAUACCAGUAAAAGCCUUAAUUUAGAUGUUUGUUGUAUACAUUGGACAGAUCCUUGCAAAAUGUGUAUCUGCCUAUCAGUUGCAAAUCUGGGAGCUGCAAAUCUCGGAAUGUGCUGUUACCUGAGGUUGCAUCCCUUUUGAAGACAGGCGUGAGCCAAUUAAAAUAUUUAUAAUCCUUUUUCAUCCCAUACUAUACAGUUUUUAGAUUCUUGCAAGUGAUUGCUGUAGGAAUGAGGUACCACUUAGUAUCAGUUACUCUGGUGGAAGAAUGUAGUUUUUUGUUUUUGUUUUGAGGAAUACUAAGUGUAAAACAGCAUUGCCAAUAUUAAAAAAAUCAGUUGUGCUGGUUUUUUAAAAUGAUAUUUCAUUGAAAAUAAAUUGAAAUCAUGAAGGUUUUUACCAACACCCACAAAUCUGCUCCAUAUUGAAUGAGCAGCUAAUUUAAACCAAAUUUUAAAAAAAACAUUAAAUAUGUUUGGGUUUUUUAUGUAGGGAUUUCACCUCCUAUCUUGUUGGUUAUUUCCCUUGAAAUGCUUUGGAAGGGCUAACUUUCAAAUCUUCAGGUAGUAAGAGAUGUUCAGCAAUUCUCACAGAGGUUAUUGGUGUGGUCAGUUUUUAUCACUGCUCAAUGCAUUGAUUAUAAAAAUUCAGUAUUAAUCUUCUUUCCUCUCUGAUUCAUCUUACAACCUUUAUAGGAGCUUUCUUUUCCCUAAAAGUGUUUUACCGUGUUAUGUAAAACAAAUGCAAGCUGUUCGAGUGAGGUUGAGGCCCAGACGGCCCACCCAUCCGUGCACUGCGUGAGUGGCUUGCCCAUCUUAAGUGUCCUCUGCUCCCAGAACUCGGCUAAAUCUCUGCCCAGGCUGCGACAGGGUGCGUGUCAGAUCUCUGUGCCUGAUGUGUGCUUCACGCCUUCGGAAACUCUUACAGUCUAUUACUUGCCAGAGUGUUACUAAACCCUUUUCUCAUGUGUCUUGGAAUGGGGGAAAAUCAGAGCCAGCACUUUGAGAGGAACGUUUUGGGGGAGGAUAUUAACUGACACUACUAAACAAAGGCAGCAAAAGAUGUUGUCAAUGUUCUUUGUAACCUGAGAACUGAACGAGAGUGUGAGACUCACUUCAAACUAUUUUGUAGUGUUUAUAUGUAUAUAUAUAUAUACACACACAUAUAUAUACAUAUAUAUCUCUAUGCUGUUUCUCAGUUGUUCCACCCCAAUCUUAGGCCUCUCAAAGGUAAAAUGUCACAGGGGCUUUUUGGUUGUGACUGAGCUCAGCAGCUAUGGUGGCCCCUGUUCUACACUGAUUUCAGUUCAAUAAAAAUGUUAACUUUGCAA